AACAACACUGAUUCUAAUGAAAGCAGUCUGAAGUCAGGUCUUCCUGUAGGGGAUUGUAUCAUAGAGUUGGAUGGGAGGGGACACAGAGGAAAAUGCUGUUCCACAUCUAUUUUACUUUCACUUACUCAUUUUGUAGAAUGUCUGUGGAGAAGGAAGUUGGACUCCAGAUCAUACCUGCUUCUCAUUUGCUCAUCUGCAGAAACUACUUGACCCUCUGUCUGCAGGAGUAAAUGACAGUUCCAGGCUGGAGGCAGAAGGAGAGAAAGAGAUGCAACAAUGGCUGCCAGUGGAUUACACACACCGUCAGGUGACUACACCCAUCUCUCAGAGCUGAGGAUUGUGCUGCUGGGAUACAGAGUAGCUGGGAAGACUUCAUCAGGAAACACCAUCCUGGGCAGAGAGGAGUUUGACCUGAGGACAGCUGUUCAGUGUGUGAAGAGACAGCGAGAAGUAGCAGGGAGGCAUGUCACUGUGGUCGACACUCCAGGCUGGUGGGCUAAUCACCCCUUAGAGAAAACCCAUGAGCUGCUUAAACAGGAGAUUGUACUCAGUGUGUCUCUGUGUCCCCCAGGACCCCAUACUUUCCUCCUUGUCAUAGAUGUGGAUGACUCAUUCACUGAGGAAUACAGAAGAGCAGUAGAGGAACACCUGSAGCUUCUCAGUGAGACAGUCUGGAGUCAUACAAUAGUGCUGUUCACCCAUGGGGACUGUCUAGGAGACACAACCAUUGAUCAGCACAUUGAGAGACAAGGGGAGGCCCUCCAGUGGCUUGUUGAGAAAUGUGGAAACAGGUAUCAUGUCUUCAACAAUAACAACAGGGGUGACGGCACGCAGAUCACAGAGCUGCUGAAUAACAUAGAGGAGACGGUGGCAGGAAACAGAGGAGGACAUUAUGAGAUAAAUGGAGAGAUACUACUGGAGAUAGAAGAGAAAAGGAAAGCAGAGGAAGAGAGAGCAAAACAGAGACUGAUGAAGGUUCAGGAACAGAGAAAGACCCUCAGAUCGCUAAUGGKUGACUCCCUCCAUCUCUCAGAGUUAAGGAUUGUACUGCUGGGGUACAGAGGAGGAUCUGGGAAGAGUUCAGCAGGAAACGCCAUACUGGGCAGAGAGGCGUUUGACCUGAAGACAACUGCUCAGUGUGUGAAGAGACUGGGAGAAGUAGCAGGGAGGCAGGUCACUGUCGUCGACACUCCUGGCUGGUGGAAGAAUCUUCCUGUAGAAAGGACUCCUGAGCUGGUUAAACAGGAGAUUUUGCUCAGUGUGUCUGUGUGUCCCCCAGGACCGCACACUUUCCUCCUUGUCAUAUCGAUGGGGUUUUUAUACACUGAGGAAGACAGAAGAGCAGUAGAGGAACACCUGGAGCUUCUCAGUGAGACAGUCUGGAGUCACACUAUAGUGCUGUUCACCCAUGGGGACUGUCUGGGAGACACAACCAUUGAGCAGCACAUCGAGAGUGAAGGGGAGGCCCUCCGGUGGCUUGUUGAGAAAUGUGGGAACAGGUAUCAUAUCCUCAACAAUGAGAACAGAGGGGAUGUCACUCAGGUCACAGAACUGCUGGAGAAGAUAGAAGAGACGGUGGCAGGAAACAGAGGAGGACAUUUUGAGAUAAAGAGGGAGCUACUAGAGAAGAUAGAAGUUUGGAGGAGAAAAAAGGAAGACAAAGCUAAACAGCUGUGCAUGAGGGUGAAGAAACAGAGACAGAUCCAUAGAACAUUUAUAGGUGACUCACUCUAUCUCUCAGAGCUGAGGAUUGUGCUGCUGGGAUCCAGAGAUGCUGGGAAGAGUUCAGCAGGAAACACCAUCUUGGGCAGAGAGGAGUUUGACCUGAGGACAGCCGCUCAGUGUGUGAAGAGACAGGGAGAAGUAGCAGGGAGGCAGGUCACUGUGGUUGACACUCCUGGCUGGUGGAACAAUCUCCCUGUAGAGUACACUCCUGAGCUGGUUAAACAGGAGAUUGUGUUCAGUGCGUCUUUGUGUCCCCCAGGACCCCACACUCUCUUCCUGGUCAUUCGGGUGGACGUUUCGUUCAAAGAAGAAGAGACAAAUGCUGCAGAGGACCACCUGGAGCUUCUCAGUGAGAGAGUCUGGAGUCACACUAUAGUGCUGUUCACCCAUGGGGACUGUCUGGGAGACAAAACCAUUGAGCAGCAUAUUCAGAGAGAAGGGAAGGCCCUCCAGUGGCUUGUUGAGAAAUGUGGGAACAGAUUUCAUGUCCUCAACAAUAACAACAGUGGUGACGUCACUCAGGUCACAGAGCUGCUGGAGAAAAUAGAUGAGUUGGUGGCAGCCAACAGUGGAGAUGUGUUUAACCCUGAAAGAGAUUAUAAAGAAGGAAUUAAUUGGAUACCUGAGGAGAUGUGGAAGAAACCAUCUUUGCCAUUAAAGGGAGMUCACAGCAUAUACCCUCUUCUUCUGAGUAUGAGUGGAGGCAGCAGACCUGAGACUGGAUAUGAUGGUUCAGAACAGAUGUCUGGGUUUGGAUCUGUGGCUGAAUCUCUGCUGAGGCUCGUGGUACCUGGAGAUGACAUAUCUGAUACCCAGUCUCUGAGAAGCUCUGUGUCCAGCUCCCAGACAUCAGAACCAGUAUGUGAGCACAACUCUGGAUCAAAGAGUUCUAGAGAAAAAUUCAGCUUGGAUUUCAUGAGUUUUGUACUCAGAAGAAUAUUUUGUAGUCAGAAGAAUCUAUGCACCAGUGACACAACAAACCCUGAAUCUGAACACMGCUCUACAUCUACACCAGCGGAACAUACACUUGCUGUUGUGACAAAAUUAACACCUGAAACAUCCACAGGAUUUACAGAAACAUCAUGCAGGCUCCAGUGCUCCCAUGCAGGUCUGUUCCAGUGCAGUUUGACAGGGCUGGUGUUUCUGAUGAAGGGGGAGGGGGAAGUGCUGUACAGAACUGUCCAAUGGGAUGAGAAUCUCCUGCACUCCACAGGCCAGACUCCUGCAGGACCCCUGUUCAGUAUUGAGUGUCAUCAGGGGUCUAUCUGUCAGCUACAUCUCCCACACUGUGAGAUUCUCUCUGGAGAGGGUCUUGAUAUCCUGUCUGUGGCCCAUGUUACUGGUGACAGUGUGGAGGUUUUACCACCACUGAGGGUGACUGACACACACGUAGUGGUGAACAUCACAGACCUCUCCUUAUGGGGCCUGGUCAGAAUGUUUAGACCCUUCCUCUCGAUCAAGGGACAGGUGCUGCCUUUCCUCCAAUCAUUCGGCCAUCCUCAGUCAGUUCUGAAUGUAAUCGUCCUGCCAUUGAAUGUGCCCCUUAAUGAGGUACAGUCCAAAUCCAUGCGCUAUCCAAAACAUGUCUUGUCAUGUAUUUUAGAACUGUGGUACUUACCUAAAAAUGUCUGCCACAAGUACAAUUUACAAUGUAGUCUAAUCUACUGUCACUUUGUGUUUCAGCGUAUUCAGAUUUACUGGGACUAUGGUCCAAACUACCACCCCACCUUUCAGGUGUUCCUGAACUCAGACACGGAACAUGUAGAGCUGAGACUUCUGGAAAGAGGGACUGAUGGAGAUGAGGUGUGGGCAGGACGUGUCCUUCUGCCAGGUGCUGUGUUAGUGGGAAGGGAUCAGGCUGAGAACAGUCACAGUGAUUCUGCAGAGAAGCAACUGCAUUCUGUACGAAAGGACUUUGUGGAUCGUGUGUCAAAGUCGGUUGUUGACGAUCUGCUGGAUGGACUUCUGCAACAAAAAGUGAUUAAUAACCAUGAAAUGGAGACAGUAAAAGUGAUUCCUGAGAGGGCAGAGAAGGCCCGGGAAGUCAUUGACAUGGUGCUGAGGAAAGGAGACGUUUCAUGUUUAAUAAUGAAAACCAUUCUGGUUGAACUGGACCCCUUCUUAUGCAAAACGCUUGGCUUCAGCUAAAACAUUGUUCGAGUAUGAUGCAUUGAUGAGCAUGUCCAUUGACGUCUACAUUCAAUAAUACAAUUGGUCUGUAAUUUGCAUAUUGAGAUAAAUCUAUUUGGAUUAUUUUUGAAUUAGCGUGUUAGGCUGAUCCCUUCUCUAUCAUUCAACAUAACCUCAAUAUAUGAUGUAUUGAACUCUCUUCAAUAAGCCAAACAUGUUGGAUGUCAGGUUAGAGUGUGAAUAGUGUAUAUAAGGUCAAGUUGAAUCAUUAUAAAAUCACAGAUGAAUUGCA